CACGAGACCCCUAGUACAAGGUAGGGCGAGCAGAUUUCACUGUUCCACAGCCAUCUGAGGGAGUGUUAUUUGUUUGUGGAAUACCGCGUUAGGGUCUUACAUAGUUAAUUCUUUAUUUUAUAGCACAAAUUUGUCAGUACAGGACGUAUUUAUUAUCGUCAUGUCGGACCCUGGUGGAUUCGAUCCUUGUGAAUGCCUGUGGAAUCACGAACUGGCGAUGCAACGUUUGAUUUCCUUGCUCAGGUCAUCACAGUCAUACUGCACAGAUAAUGAAUGUAAUUCUGAUCUGCCUGGACUACAAGGACAGGCACAGAAUGAAACGAUGCCCUUUUUUGUGUUUUGUUGGAUUGUACUUGCAUUGGCUUUGUUUUUCCUUCGACCAAGUUCAGCAAUGCGUCAGGGUGAUGCUAAACCAAGUGAUAACCAGGGACCUGGCCCGCAGCCUCCUAACCCACCUCCAGCUGUGAAUUAACUCUACAACGAAAAUACUGUAUACAUUAUAUUGGAAUCUUAUUCUUCAUUACAAAUGUGAAUGGCUGUAUUAUUUUUCAAAAGUUUCAUUCCAGUUUCUUGGGUAUAAUUUCUUUUUUUAAUCAUUUACAAAAUUAUUUUUCUCUGUUUUUCCCUUGAUUAUACAGUACAUUAUUUCAGUUGAA